GUUAGGUAAAAUGUCAGUCCCUCCUCGCACUGGGAUCAUUGUAGGCUUCAACAAGGGUCACGUGACAACUCCACGGGCCCGUCAGCCUUCUUCAAAUGACCGUUACGCUGUACCUCACAAAAAGCUUCGGGCUGUGAAAGCUAUUGUUGCUGAUCUUGUUGGCCACUCUCCAUUAGAAAGGCGUGUGCAGGAGCUCCUUCGUGUCGGCAAGGAAAAGCGUGCACUAAAGUUGUGUAAAAAGCGUCUUGGAGAUUUUACUUCGGCGAAGAAAAAGCGAUCCAAGAUGGAGGAAGUACUGCGCAAUAUUUCGAAGAGGGCUCACUGAUAUUUUUUACUCACAGUUUUUUAUUAUUAUUGAAAAGACAAAGAA